CUUAGUAAGACUCGCGUCUUCUCCGCACGCCCGAUCGCCCUGGAGAUGGAGGAGAAGAAGGCGGCUGCGUCCCCGCACCCGGUCCUGAAGGCUGCUCUGGAGGGCAAUCUCCGUCUCCUCAAAGAGCUGGCUCCCGUCGUGGCGGACGAGUGCAUCUGGAUCCGCGCGCUGUGCGUGGCGGUCAUGGAGGGCCGGCUGGACAUCUGCGCCUACCUCGUCGAGGACCUCCGCGUCGACGUCAACCAGCCCAACGACCUAGGUGAAACCGCGCUGUUCAUCUCUGCGACUUUCGGGACGGUUGCUGCAGCAAGGUAUCUUCUUGAUCGUGGCGCUGAUCUGACGAUACCCGGCAGAUUGGGGUCGCCUCUCCAUACUGCAACAAUGAAUGAUGAUUUGGAUGAUGGCGCGACUUUGAAGAUUGGAGCCAAAACAAUAUCUAAUUAAUUCUAUGUUACUUGUUAGCUGUAGUCUUGUUUACUCAUAACCUGAACAUUUUCAUAAAAACUGGAGCCAAAACGUUCUGAGUUUGCAGCACUUUACAAAAGCUUGGAAACCAAAAAAGAGCAAAAUUAGCCAAUGCCUCUGGCCGCGAGGACUUGAUGAUUUCCGGUGCCGCCAAGAGAAAAAUAUAUGUGAAAGUGGUCACUAGGCCAUUAAUGAGAGAAACCUCGUGCUCAUCCGUAGCUCAUUUUAAUAUAGAUCUGUCAUUGGAGAUGUAUGCAUGUAGGAAACCAUGCUUAUAAUGUUGAUUUGUAAAAAGCUUCUCUUCUUGGAAAUUGUGAAAUAGUAGAAUUGCUACUUUCAAGGGGAGCCAAUGUGGAUGUUUUCGAUUCUAAGCACGGUACCCCGUUGCAUGCGGCCACUAAUCUCGGUGAAGUUGGCCCGAUGAAGGUUUUGUUGGAGCACCAUGCAGAUCCUAAUAAGGUUUUGGACCUUGAUAGUACCCCACUGAGUAUGGCCAUACAGAAAGAAUCGUUGGAAUGCGUUAAGCUACUCAUUGAGGCUGGUGCUGAUGUGAAUAAGACUGAUUAUAUCGGUGUUACUCAAUUGAUGGUGGCUGCAAACAACGGCUUACCUGAUAUCAUGAGGUGCUUACUAGAUGCUGGUGCUAACCCCAAUACUGGAGAUGCAUUUGGUACGACUCCAAUUGAAAUUGCUGCACUAAAAGGCAGAAGGAAUAUGGUUGAAAUGUUGUUUCCUUUAACUUCUCCUAUUUCAACAUUGCCGGAUUGGAGUAUUGAUGGUAUCAUAUCUCAUGUGAAAUCAUUUGGUUUGAACCCAAGGGAUAAAAGUAAGUGUGAAAAGAGAAGAUGUGAGCUGAAAUUACAAGCUACAGAGGCUUUUAAUAGGAAGGAAUAUCUGACAGCAGGAGAACUAUAUACUUGUGCAAUGAAAUUCGAGCCUAGUCCCAAAGAUCUUGCAAUCCUGCUAGCAAAUAGGAGCUUCUGCUUGUUGCGCCUGGGAAGAGGAAAAGAUGCUCUCUCUGAUGCUGAUGCGUGCACAAUGGUGAGACCUCGUUGGCCCAAAGGCUACUACCGAAAAGGCGCGGCUCUAAUGUUGCAGGAGGACUAUGAAAAGGCAUCCGAGGCUUUUGAAGAUGGCUUGAAGCUGGAUCCUACAAAUGUUGAUAUCGCAAAUGCUUUAAGGGAAGCCCGGGAGGCACUGAAGAACAACGGUUGUGCUGAAAAGUAACAAGGGUUAUCUCUGUCAUUUACUCAUUUUCAAUGACUGGCAAUUGAGCAGAAAUUUUUGACUAGCAUUCCGGUAGGCAUCUCGACAGUGUUACGUUGCAUCUUAUUCACAUCAGAUGGCAUGGCAGCAAGAAACACAACAGCGUUUGUUUAAGCAUGCAAUGACUCAAAAGGCAAUAGCAAUUUGCGAUCAUGAUCAACAUUCAGAGCAAACAAAAAUCAGCCAAGCGGAAUCUGGUCACCGGUCUACUGCCCAUCCCUGUAUAGCUCCGCGUAUGCCAGUUAUUGUGUUUGUCUGGCGCUCAACUGUCGCAAGAAUUCAAACUGAAUGUGCUUUUUUGUAGGUCUUCCGU